GUUGCUGACUGCAGGUUGAAUUAUACAGGUCGUUCCUCUUACACCUCAGUUUUCUCCCUCCAUAUUUUCCAUUUUCUCUCACCAUUUUUUGGUUUCAAAAUUGAAAAUUAGAGAGGAUUUAGGCAAGAUGAGGUGCACGUUGUGUAAAAGAAUGGCUAGGAUUUACUGUGAAUCAGACCAGGCGAGUUUGUGCUGGGACUGCGACGUGAAGGUGCACUCGGCGAACUUCCUGGUGGCUAGGCAUUCGAGGAAUCUGCUUUGUCACGUAUGUCAGUCGCCGAUGCCGUGGUCUGCCUCCGGUUGGAAACUCGUACCCACCGUCUCUGUGUGUGAAAAGUGUGUCGAUGGAACCGUCACGACGGAAGAGCAAGAAGAAGAUGAUGAGGAUGAAAGCAAUGUGGAAAACGAAGUUGAACCUGCUGAUGAGGACGAAGAGGAGGACAAUCAGGUAGUACCAUGGUCAUCGACAUCUCCGCCGCCUGCGAGUUCUUCAAGUAGCGAAGGGUCGACAAUAGGAGAAAGAGAGGUUCGAAGGAAGCGAAUGCAUGAGGAAAUUUCAAAUGAAGAUCACGGCUGCUCGUCGUCUCAACCUGAUGUGCAUACACCGCCGCUUGCCGCUGCAGAGAUGGUGGUGGAAGAAGUUGAGCCGUCGCUCGCUCCACCAAAAAUCCGAAAAAUCGAAUCUGAUAAAACGGAUCGGGUGGGGUUAUCUGAAUUGGGUAUUUUGGAAUCAUUGAGAAGAUUUGACCGGGAAGAGAUGGCAUCAGGUGCAAAAGAGUUCUGCCGCGACAUCAGCGCCGUAGAUUAUGAUUCAUGCGACUCUUCUUAACCGUUAGAUAUGAGGCUGAAGGUUUUUGAUCUGCCAAUUUCUUCAUUUUUUUUUUUUUAAUUUAGGAUUAUUAAUCUUUUGUUAGGGGUAAUGCUUAAAAAAUUGUGACCCCAAUGGCUUGAAAUUUGUAGUUUUGACUUGCCAAGAGGUUUGUUUAGACUCUGGUCAGUCAGGAGAAGCUUUUAUGGUCGGUUCGCGAGCCUUUAUACUGAUCUUGUAGACUACUUAAUGAGUAAAUAUUGAUGAACACACUUUCGAGGUUGGUCGACAUAAUGUGGUACUUGUAGUCUUGUA